GGUCGCGCGGCCAGUGCCCAGCGCGCACGCGCACACGCCCGCUGCGCCGCGCCCCGCCCCGCCCCCGCGCGCCGCCGUGUCCCCCGAUCCCCGGGCCCCCGCGCCGCGGGCAGCUGACGGCGGCAUGCGGGACUACGACGAGGUGACCGCCUUCCUGGGCCAGUGGGGGCCCUUCCAGCGCCUCAUCUUCUUCCUGCUCAGCGCCAGCAUCAUCCCCAACGGCUUCAACGGGAUGUCAGUCGUGUUCCUGACGGGGACCCCGGAGCACCGCUGCCGAGUGCCGGCCACCGCGAACCUGAGCGACGCGUGGCGCAACCACAGUAUCCCGCUGCAGGUGCGGGACGGCCGCGAGGUGCCCCACAACUGCCGCCGCUAUCAGCUCGCGGCCAUCGCCAACUUCUCGGCGCUCGGGCUGGAGCCGGGGCGCGAUGUGGACCUGGAGCGGCUGGAGCAGGAGGGCUGCCUGGAUGGCUGGGAGUACAGCCAGGACGUCUUCCUGUCCACCAUCGUCACCGAGUGGAACCUGGUAUGCGAUGACGACUGGAAGGCCCCGCUCACCAUCUCCUUAUUUUUCGGGGGCGUGCUCGUGGGCUCCUUCAUCUCAGGGCAGCUCUCAGACAGGUUCGGCCGGAAGAAUGUGCUGUUCGUGACCAUGGGCAUGCAGACAGGCUUCAGCUUCCUGCAGGUCUUCUCGAAGAACUUUGAGAUGUUUUCCGUGCUGUUUUUCCUUGUAGGCAUGGGCCAGAUCUCCAACUAUGUGGCAGCAUUUGUCCUGGGAACAGAAAUUCUUGGCAAGUCAAUUCGUAUUAUAUUCUCCACGUUAGGAGUGUGCAUAUUUUACGCAGUUGGCUUCAUGCUGCUGCCCCUGUUUGCUUACUUCAUCAGAGACUGGCGGAUGCUGCUGCUGGCGCUGACGGUGCCUGGGGUGCUGUGUGUGGUGCUCUGGUGGUUCAUCCCUGAGUCCCCCCGGUGGCUCAUCUCUCAGGGACGGUUUCAGGAGGCCGAGGUGAUCAUCCGCAAGGCUGCCAAAAUCAAUGGGAUCGUUGCGCCCUCCACCAUCUUUGACCCAAGUGAGCUGCAAGACCUGAAUUCCUGCAAGGCGCAGUCUCACAGCAUUCUGGAUCUGCUCCAGACUCGGAACAUCAGAGUGGUCACCAUCAUGUCCAUAAUCCUGUGGCUGACCAUAUCGGUGGGCUAUUUCGGGCUGUCCCUCGACACACCAAACCUGCACGGCGACGUGUACGUGAACUGCCUGCUGUCGGCCGUGGUGGAAGUCCCGGCCUACGUGCUGGCCUGGCUGCUGCUGCGGCACCUGCCCCGGCGCUACUCCAUGGCCGCGGCGCUCUUCCUGGGCGGCAGCGUGCUUCUCUUCGUGCAGUUGGUGCCCGCAGAUCUGUAUUAUUUGGCUACAAUCCUGGUGAUGGUGGGCAAGUUUGGAGUCACGGCUGCCUUCUCCAUGGUCUACGUGUACACAGCCGAGCUGUACCCCACGGUGGUCCGAAACAUGGGCGUGGGGGUCAGCUCCACCGCCUCCCGCCUGGGCAGCAUCGUGUCCCCCUAUUUUGUUUACCUCGGUGCCUAUGACCGCUUCCUCCCCUACAUCCUCAUGGGAAGUCUGACCAUCCUGACAGCCAUCCUCACCUUAUUCCUCCCAGAGAGCUUCGGCACCCCGCUCCCAGACACCAUCGACCAGAUGCUAAGGGUCAAAGGGAUAAAAUACAGGCAGGCUCCAAACCACACAAAGACACUAAAAGAUGGUGAGGAAAACCCCAGGGUCCUGAAAAGCACAGCCUUGUAGCACAGCCACCUGCAAGCGAGAAAGGAAAGAGGAGACACUCCAGCUAUCGCAGACGCGGCCGUCAGUGGCCAUCUCUGUUGUCUGUCCCGUGGACUCUAGAUGUGACUCACUAGGGGAUGGACAGCUUGUCUCAGAGGCCAGACAUGACGUAGGGCCCACUUGCCCUCCUGGAACACUGCCCCGGCCCCGAAGACACCUUCAGAUAGGUACUAUUACAGUGGACUUCGCACCUCCUAAGAAGUUCCCUGUUCUCUAGGCCCAGUGGGAUUUGGAAAACUUGGAGAGGCCUCUUCUAAAUUUCCACUUUAAUUUCAGGUUGGGAAGGCCUGAGAAACCAGGUAGGGCUCGUCUUCCUCACCCCCACCGCCAAUCUUCUCUCUAAUGGUGCACUUUAAGGGAAAAAAAAUAAUAAUUUCACAGAGUUUGAUUUCUCACAAUUUUUCAAUACCAGGAAUAACAGGUAGUUGCUUCCCCAGGGCAGGAAACCACAGGCCUGGGGGCAGUUGAAGGUAAUUGAUAGGGAGGGGACAGGGCAGCUACUGAACACGGGCCAGCGCCUGGGUCCGUAGGCUCCGAACACUCGGUGUAGCCAUUGGGCAGACUUGUUUACAUCCGAUGGAGCAUCUGACUUGCCCAGGCCCAUCGCAGACGCAUCAUUGAAUCCUGCUGUGGAAAUCCAAGCUGCUCGUUCCUAAGGUUUCUUAGGUAUGGUUUGAAGGAAACGAGAAAGAGGAACAAGCACGCUCUCUUCUCUCAAAACUAUUAUGUGAGCUUUAUUCAUGCUUUGUUGUUUGUUUGUUAUGUCUUUUUCUCUUUAAGUUAUUUGCCCUGCACAGUAGACUUGGAAAGACUGGUUCUUUAGACUCCUGGUUUUUGUCUUUUUUUUUUUUUUAAACCCAGUAAAAAAGUUUUUUUUUGUUUUUUUUUUUUAAUCACUCUGGCAGUCGCCUACAGUUGCCACUUGGGCAGGGCUUACCAGCCUUAGCCUCCAGCACUUCUGAGUGCCAGAAAUGCUAUUGUGUGUGUGUGUGUGUGUGUGUGUGUGUGUGUGUGUGUGAGUGUGUGAGUGUGUGCCUUUUAUGAAAGCUUAAUGAGGGGGGUGGGGGUAGCUAGAGAAUGACAAAGAAGAAACUUAAGUGUGUUCACAGUCUUUCAGAGCUGUGCCAUCGGGGCUGGGGUGGGGGGAUAUUUCAUGUUCAGUGUAAUUGUCUUUGCUGAUUAUGUUACCAUGGUACUCCUAAAGCAUGUAUUUUGCAAGGUUGAAAACCAUAUUUUUGUGAAAGCUACUGAAGUGCCUUGGGAAAUUAAGAUGUUUUAGUAAAUUAAAUGACUUUUUUAAAAUAA